AUGGGGACAGAGCUAAUGAGAAUCUGUGUGAAAGAAGAAAGUGAUGAAUUACCAUCUGUGCCUCCUGGGUUUGAAUCAUAUGCAACCUUCACCUUAAAAAGGGUAGUCCCUUCUCCUGGUGGUGAUAAAACCAAGACUGCUGUUUCUGUUUCCGAGCUUGCUAAGAUGGACAUCGAAUCCGACGAAGCCAGUGCUGCUCGCUGUCUACGGCGUAGGCCUUGGAUCAAUUAUGGCGGAUGUGAUGAUGAUGAUGCAAACAAUGACAAUGCCGCUUCUCAAGAUCUUGAUCAAAACUGUGCUGCGAAGCCUUCCCUGCCAAAAGGUGUGACCCGGGGAUGUGAAGACUGUAAAGACUGCCAAAAGGUAACUGCGAGGUGGCAUCCAGAUGAAGCUCGUAGGCCUGACCUUGAAGACGCCCCUAUAUUCUACCCGAGCGAAGAGGAGUUUGAAGACACUCUGAGUUAUAUAGCUAAAAUAAGACCGAAGGCUGAACAGUAUGGAAUCUGUCGCAUUGUUCCUCCUCCUUCCUGGAAACCCCCGUGCCCGCUGAAAGAAAAGCAAGUAUGGGAGGGUUCUAAAUUCUCGACGCGUGUCCAAAGAGUUGAUAAACUUCAGAACCGGAGUUCAAUGAAGAAGAUUUCAAAGCUUUCUAAUCAGAUGAGGAGGAAGAAAAGAAAGUGCAUGAAAAUGGGAACGGAUUCUGUCACUAAUGGCAAGAGCGAUCCUUGUUCUGCAAGCCCCGAAAUGAGUGAACUUGAGACGUUUGGAUUUGAAGCUGGUCCAGGGUUCACUCUAAAAGACUUCAAAAUAUAUGCUGAUGAGUUCAAGGCUCAGUACUUUAAAAAGAGUGAAACUUCUACAGACAAUGAACGUAAAAUUGAUAACUCCAUAGACUCCUGGGAGCCAGCAGUUGAGGAUGUUGAAGGCGAAUAUUGGCGGAUAGUAGAUCAAGCAACUGAAGAGAUUGAGGUGCUAUAUGGUGCCGAUCUUGAGACGGGGGUAUUUGGUAGCGGAUUCCCCAAGUUAUCAUCAAGUCGCGAGGCUUCUUCUUCAGACGAAAAAUAUGCAAAAUCAGGCUGGAACUUAAAUAACUUUUCAAGGCUUCCGGGAUCUCUCCUUUCGUAUGAGGGCAGUGAUAUUUCUGGUGUCCUUGUACCAUGGUUGUAUAUUGGGAUGUGCUUUUCUUCUUUCUGCUGGCAUGUUGAAGAUCACCACUUGUAUUCGUUGAAUUAUAUGCACUGGGGUGCACCAAAAUUGUGGUAUGGUGUUGGGGGGAAGGAUGCUGUUAAACUUGAGGAGGCGAUGAGAAAGCAUUUGCCUGACCUUUUCGAAGAACAGCCUGAUUUGCUUCAUAAGCUAGGUAGAAAAACGUCCAUCUCGCAUGAUAAAUUAUUGCUUGGGGCAGCAAGAGAAGUAGUGAAAGCCGACUGGGAGCUGAACUUACUAAAGAAAAAUACUUCAGAAAACUUAAGAUGGAAAGUAUUUAGUGGCAAGGAUGGAAUUUUGGCAAAAACGCUCAAGGCACGCGUUGACAUGGAGCGUACAAGAAGAGAAUUUCUCUGCAACUCUUCACUUGCAUUGAAGAUGCACAGUAAUUUUGAUGCUACCAACGAGAGAGAGUGUUGUAUAUGCUUCUUUGAUUUACACCUGUCCGCUGCUGGUUGCCGUUGUUCCCCAGAGAAGUAUUCAUGUUUGACUCACGUGAAGCAGUUGUGUUCGUGUCCGUGGGUUUCUAAAUAUUUUCUAUUUCGCUAUGAUAUCGAUGAACUGAAUGUUCUUGUUGAGGCCGUGGAAGGAAAACUUAGUUCUGUAUAUAGAUGGGCGCGUCAAGAUUUAGGAUUGGCAUUAAGCGAACACCUCUUAGGAAGCAAGACGGAGAUGGAUGAGGAAAUAAAGGUGCACAAGGACCUGAGUCCACAAGCAGUUGCACUUUCAGGGGAAGAUUUGCAGCUGAAAGUAACAUCCAGUAAAGAUGUAAGUAAAGGGUUGGAAAAGACGAGUAAAUUACCAGAUGUUGAUUUACUUCUGGAAGACAAGGAAGGGGAAUUAAUACCAAGCCACUGUAUGAAGCCUGUCAAAGAAGAAACUGUUCAUGAUUCUUCCGUGUCAAAAGUUUCAGUUUGCCAACCAUCUGAAGGAGGCAUGCUCUCUGUGAAAGCUGUCAAGUCUGCAAGUGGUAAAAAGAAUUCACAGAGUCUACCCGAUGAUGUGAUACACCUCAGUGAUGAUGAGCAUGGCAGACCUCGGAAACGAGGUUCUGUGAGAAGAGAUGCAGUUUCUUGUGGGAAAAAAUUGGAACUACGAGACAGACCAACCCACGUUUUAGCUUUAGAAGCUUCUAAUAAAAUUGCAGCUCCAAAUUGCCGAAGGGAAAGAGAUUCUUUGCCUGAUACACGAAGCACUAAAUCAUUAGCUACUAAUGAACAAAGAGCAACGGGAGGGGAUGUACCAAGUUCUGCAUUGCACGCGGAAGUUAGUGCCGUGGCUGAUGGGCUUGCUCAGGAUAUAUGUAAUAAAAGGGACUCUAACAACCACAGUGGUGGAAAACCGACUAGCUGUAAAUCCAAAAACACUGGAGGUUUGGCUAUAACGGAUGUGGCUGAUGGGGCAAGAAGUAAUUCAGGUACACCAUCUUGUUCGCAAAAUAAUAGUCCGGAUAGGGUCAUCCGCCAAAAGGGUCCCCGUAUUGCAAAGGUCGUGAGGAGAAUCAAUUGCAAUGUAGAGCCUUUAAGUUAUGGAUGUGUGCUUUCUGAAAAAUCAUGGUGCAACCGCCGAGCGAUUUUUCCUAAAGGAUUUCGUAGCCGGGUUAGGUACAUAAAUAUUUUAGAUCCAACAAACAUGUGCUUCUACAUUUCAGAAAUUCUGGAUGCUGGACGCAACAGUCCGUUAUUCAUGGUUUACUUGGAGAGUAGUCCCAGUGAGGUGUUCGCUCACUUGUCGCCUACAAGAUGCUGGGAGAUGGUAAGAGAUAGAGUAAACCAAGAGAUAAGUAAGCAGCACAAAGCCGGAAAAUUAGAUCUUCCUCCUUUGCAGCCCUCUGGGAGUCCUGAUGGUUUUGAAAUGUUUGGAUAUUCGUCACCCGCGAUCGUACAGGCUAUCGAAGCAUUAGACGUGAAUAGAGUUUGCACAGAGUAUUGGGAUUCCAGGCCUUAUUCGCGGCCACAAGUUCAAUUCCCGGCAAAUCCUCUUCACAGAGAAUCCAACACAAGCGUCCAUGUGAGGAAUCUCCAGAAAGCCACCGGACAGGGUCUAUUGCAUGCUGGAACAAAAUCUACUCUCAAAGUUCUGCUCAAGAAAGCCAACAUGGAGGAACUAAGCUCACUUGAACAGGUAUUAAGUGAGUCUAACAAAGAUUUGGUGACGGAACUUGUUAAGGAAGAGAUCCAGAACCGUAGCUGA